AUGACAUUCCAAUCAGACAAUGGAACUGCUUUUGUGGGAGAGCUUACUAAGGAGCUCAUGAGACGUUCACUUGUCGCCCAGGCUGAUUCUACGACGUACCAACCCCAGACGAAUGGCCCAGGGGAAAGAAAAAAUUGGACUCUGGUAUCGAUGCUGUUCCCGAUACACACCGAUUGGGACAGAUAUUUGCCACAAGCAAUGGGAGCUUACAACAGCACGCAACUUUUCACAACAGGAAUUAGUCCGCACUUAAUGUUGACCGGGCAUGAAAAGGCCUCGCCAUUGAAUUUCUUCUACACGGAGUAUAAAGGAAAGAAGACAUCGCCACAAGUCUAUGUAAGGGAUGUGAUCAGACGUCAGCAGGAGCUAAACGUUUUAGCGAGCUCUACCAGUCAUAGACGAGCUCUAUGGUAG